CCUAUCAAUCCUCGGGUGGAGAUUUUGUCUCCCCCCCCUCUUUCUCCACAAGGCAACUCUUUGCCCGGGACACGAGCGUGAACCUCCUCAAAUUGGCGCACUAAUCCUAAAAGGAGCCAUGAAGUGUUAAAUGGUAGAAACAGAGAGAGCGGCGCUCAGACACCCGCACGCUGGGAGAGAGGGAGGAAACAGCGCAGCUCCAAUGCGUCUGUGCAACACAGACUGAAGGAAAAAAAAAAAAAAAACUUAUCGACGCACACAACCAAAAAACCUGCGCGCCGCAAUUAGUGCGAGAAAAUCUCACUUUUCCGUCGGUUUUGAAGAAAAAUAAAUAAAGAAAUCAAGCUGGCUCAGUGCGUGUCUCAGCAGCCCACUUUGACAGGUGCUCCUCACCCCCUUUGGAGGACUGUCAACAGCAAGAGGAUGGCAUCAGAACUGGCAAUGAGCAACUCCGACCUGCCCACCAGUCCCCUGGCCAUGGAAUAUGUUAAUGACUUCGAUCUGAUGAAGUUUGAAGUGAAAAAGGAGCCGGUGGAGCCCGAUCGCAGCAUCAGCCAGUGCAGCCGCGUGGUCGCCGGGGGAUCCCUAUCUUCCACCCCGAUGAGCACGCCUUGCAGCUCGGUUCCCCCCUCUCCAAGCUUCUCGGCGCCCAGUCCGGGAUCAGGGAGCGAACAGAAGGCGCACUUGGAGGAUUUCUACUGGAUGACCGGGUACCAACAGCAGUUGAAUCCCGAGGCUCUGGGCUUUAGCCCGGAGGACGCCGUAGAGGCGCUGAUCAGCAGCAGUCACCAGCUCCAGACCUUCGAUGGCUAUGCCAGGGGGCAGCAGUUCGGCGGCGCAGCCGGGGCAGGAGGCGCCAUGGCCGGGGAGGAGAUGGGAUCAGCGGCCGCCGUGGUGUCCGCGGUCAUCGCCGCAGCCGCGGCUCAGAACGGGAAUCCACACCACCACCACCACCAUCACCACCACCACCACUCAGGCGCUCACCACCAGUCCUCCGGGUCGCAGUCCGGCGGCGGCGCGGGGGGGAACCACCAGCACCUGCGCUUGGAGGACCGCUUCUCGGACGAGCAGCUGGUGACCAUGUCGGUGCGGGAGUUGAACCGGCAGCUGCGGGGGGUCAGCAAGGAAGAGGUGAUCCGCCUGAAACAGAAGAGGAGGACACUAAAGAACAGGGGCUAUGCCCAGUCCUGCCGAUACAAGCGCGUCCAGCAGCGGCACGUCCUGGAGGGAGAGAAGACGCAGCUGAUGCAGCAGGUGGAUCACCUCAAACAGGAGAUCUCCCGGCUGGCCAGGGAGAGGGACGUCUACAAGGAGAAAUACGAGAAGCUCAUCAGCACCGGCUUUAGAGAAAACGGAGGCUCCAGCAGCGACAACAACCCUUCGUCCCCGGAGUUUUUCAUGACGUCGAGAAAAUUCCUCCAUCUGUGAUGGAGAGCUGUGAUCUCUCUGUCCCACCGCCCUGGAG